GAAACUCUGGCCCUGAAAGAAGGGGCAGGCUGGAAGGAACACUGAGCUACCUGCCUGCAGAGCCACCUCGUCAUCCAUUUGGAGGUCUUCUCUGUAACCACAGCCAGAAAAGCCAUGGUCAGCUCCCAGGUUCCUUUCUACUUUCCUCUGGCCCACUUCCUCAUCUUUGUCUUCGUGACUUCCACCAUCGUCCACCUCCAGCACAGAAUUGUGAAGAUUCAGUCCCCACCAGAGAAGCCCGCAGGAGAGCCAGCAGCCACAACAGUGCCAGGGAGCAGCCAGCCGCAGGGCAUGUUCACCAUCAAUUCCAUAGGCCGCCUGGGGAACCAGAUGGGCGAGUACGCCACCCUGUUCGCACUGGCCAGGAUGAACGGAAAGCCCGCAUUCAUCCCCGCAUCCAUGCACAGCACCCUGGCGCCCAUCUUCAGGAUCAGCCUCCCGGUGCUGCACAGCGACACCGACAAGAAGAUCCCAUGGCACAACUACCACCUCAACGACUGGAUGGAGGAGCGGUACCGCCACAUCCCGGGACGCUAUGUGCGCCUCACAGGGUACCCGUGCUCCUGGACCUUCUACCACCACCUGCGCUCAGAGAUCCUGCAGGAGUUCACCCUGCACGACCACGUGCGUGAGGAGGCCCAGGCCUUCCUGCGUGGCCUGCGGGUGAAUGGGGUCCAGCCGAGUACGUUUGUGGGUGUCCAUGUGCGCCGGGGGGACUAUGUGCAUGUCAUGCCCAACGUUUGGAAGGGCGUGGUGGCUGACCGGGGUUACUUGGAACAGGCCCUGGACAGGUUCCGGGCACGCUAUCGGUCUCCCAUCUUUGUAGUCACCAGCAAUGGCAUGGCCUGGUGCAAGCAGAACAUCGAUGCCUCCCGAGGGGAUGUGGUAUUUGCUGGCAAUGGUAUUGAGGGUUCGCCAGCCAAGGACUUCGCACUCCUCACCCAGUGUAACCACACCAUCAUGACUAUUGGGACCUUCGGGAUUUGGGCUGCCUACCUGGCAGGUGGUGACACCAUCUACCUAGCCAACUAUACCCUUCCAGAUUCUCCCUUCCUCAAAAUUUUUAAGCCAGAGGCCGCCUUCCUACCUGAGUGGGUCGGCAUCCCGGCAGACCUGUCCCCACUCCUUAAGCACUAACACAAGCCUGUCCUUGCUCCCGCUUCCAUCUCUAAACAGGAGGAGCUACGUGUUGUGCUCUCAGGGGAAGAGCCUUCUCUCUGGACGAAGCGUGUCUUGGGUGGGCACCACCAGUUCCAGCAUCCAUUGACUAAACAGCUCAGACCCAUUGGCAGGGACUACAGUGCCCGCUAACUGCCAGUGGUGCCAACUAACCGCUAGCAGUGCCAUUACUGUGUUUUAGCGCAACUGUCUCAGGAUGCAGGAAGGGUUGGCACAUGGAGACCGUCACUUCUGGAGGCAGCAAGAGAAGGCCAUUACCUCACCUUGGGUUCCUUCUGAAGUGAGACCAGUCCACACUUGUCUACUUUUUGUUACUAAUAAUGAAGUCCCUGAAGCUGGAUUAUUUAUAAAGGUACAGUGAGUAGCUCAUGGCAGUGGCAGUUCCGUGGUGGGACAGCGCGCCACUGUCAACAGUCACGUGGGAAGCGUGAGCAAGGAGGAGGAGUGGGCUUGCUCUUCUUAUAGCAACCCAAGAACUAACUGGAGUCUACUGCUCACCCAUUGAAGGGAGCCUUCAAUGUCCUAAGGCCUUCCCGAGAUCUGUUCAAAUUGUAUUUUUAUUUCAGUUAUGGGUAUAUGUGUGGGUGUGUGCGCGUGGGUGUGUGCGCGUGGGUGUGUGCGCGUGGGUGUGUGCGCGCGUGAGUGCGGUGCCUUCAGAAGCUAGAACUGGGUGUCGGAUCCCCUGGGGCUGGAGCUACAGGCAGCUGGACCAGAUGCUGAGAAUUUCUCUCUGAACCUCUCUCCACAGCCCUUAACUCUACCUCACAAAGGUCCCAGCAUCACCACUGUGAGGACCAAAGUCAAGUCCAAUGGAAACCACCUCUGUAAGCACUCCAGCAGCUAACUGCCAUGUCCCCUUGACAAGAAUGGUGUCACUGUGCCCAUGUGUCUCAUUAUGAGUCAAGGAGAAAGAGAAUAUGGGACUGGUUUAGCCUGGGAUCCAAAGUCAUGAUCAGAAAGGAGAGGCCACCAUAAGCCCACAGCAUCCACCACGUUGCUUGUCCAUCUGAGAACUCUGUGGGUGGGGCUCAGCUAAGGCACACGCCCACUCUGUGGCCCUAGCUUCUGGGAGACCUGUGUGUGCUACCAUCUUGUCACACUUCAGGUGUGCGCACACACCAUGAUGUCCGUCUGACAAUUAAAGAACACAACCUAUGUAGCUGCCAUUGUGAAAACAGCCAGAGUGAUCUGGGGGAAGAGCCCUUGAAGCUUUUGGGGACAGCAGGAACCCCAAGGUGUCUCUCCAAACCCACUGCUAAACUGGUGCCGACAUUGCGCAUGGGAAGUGGCCUGGAGUGGGCAGUGGUGGCGCCUCUCCUUCGUCCUGGCACCAGGAGGAUCUGAGGUUUGGAGGCCAGCCUGGUCUAUUUUCUGAGGCCCUGUCUUCAAAAAGAAAAUCCUCUAUCUGAGCGUGGCGGUGCACACCUGUGACCCCAGUGUUAAGGAAGUGCGUACAGGAAGGUCAGGAGUUCAGAGCAUCAGCUGCAUGGGGGCCCAGGCCAGAGACAAUGAGAACCCGGCUGGGCAGUGGUGGCACACACUUUUAGUCACAGCGCUCAGGCAGAGGUAGGUGGAUCUCUGAGUUUGAGGCCAGCCUGGGCUACACAGAGAAACCCUAUCUCAAAAAAACAAAACAAAGAAAACUGCAAAAUCCAAAAGAAACAGAAACGUGCCUCCCCACAAUCAUAUGGGGUUUGUUGGUUGGCUGGGUUUUUUUUAUUUUUUUAUUUUUUAUUUUUAUUUUUCGAGACAGGGUUUCUCUGUAGCUUUGGUGCCCGUCCCGGAACUAGCUCUUGUAGACCAGGCUGGUCUCGAACUCCCAGAG